UAUUUGUCGUCACCAUACUAUCGGAUGGUUGGCAAGGGAAAAGUGCAUAACGUUAGCGGAGUAUUACUCCACACUAGAGAGCUCCCUGCUGGAUGUUUGAAGGUAUCAGUUGAUAUUGCAGUUGAGCCGAAUGCAGCAUUACCAUAUCCUAACGAUGAUUCGGAUGCAACAACGGUGCACGAAGCAGUAGGUUCGUUUGUUGCAUGGCCGACAAACCUCAUAUGCGUAGGAUAUGAGACUCCCACAAAAUCCAAAUCAAAAGAUAAUGCGAUUCCACGGCAUACCGAGUCCACGGUUUCAAGAAAAGAGCUUCAAGAAAAUGAGGUUAGCAAUGCCUCCGCACAACAAAAAAAGGAGGUUAGCAACGCCUCCGCACGGGUAAAAAGUUCUGGUGCUAAGAAGACCGUAGCUAGGAAAAAAACUACCACCAAGUAUAGGUCGUGCCUCAGGACAUUUCUAGAGAUGACCGAUAUACCGACCGGAGGUGUUCGGACCCUACAUAUGGAGGUAGGGAUUUUCGGCUUUGAUUACGACCAAAUGAUUGGUAAUGAAGACUUCAUGCAAGUUUUUAGUCAUGAAGAAAUCGGCGUCAACGUUGUCAAUACAUAUAUUAGGUAAAUCCGGUCUACUUUGUUUUAUUAAUUAAACAACUUAUGUUAAUGAUGUUUACUUUAUGUUAAUCCGGUUUACUUUAUGUUUCAAAAGAGGUGUUAAUGAUGUUUUUAUAUUAGGUUUUUGUAUGACAAAUUGAUGCGCCCCAAUGGUUUGGACGUGUCAUUCGGAUUCUUAGCAC